AUGUCAGCCAACGACACCACGAUACGGCGGCCGUUCCGCGAGUGUACCGAAAUCUCACAGUUUUGCCCCGUUGAGAUGACCGUCUUGUCCUACUACCCCAAUUUCGGCGCCAACAUCUUCUUCGCCAUCGCCUUUGGCAUGAUCGUGCUCGUGUCCGCCACCAUUGGAACGUGGAAACGCACCUGGACGUUUAUGGCUCUUGUGACGGGCGGCUGUGUCCUCGAGACAGUUGGUUACGUCGGUCGCGUCCUCCUUCACGAGAAUCCUUGGAACAAGGACGCCUUUCAAAUGCAAAUCUGCACCAUCAUCCUCGGUCCGACCUUCAUCUGCGCUGGCAUCUACCUGACCCUGAAGCACGUCUCUGCCCACCUCAACCCGACCCUCUCACGCGUCCGUCCCCGUCUGUAUCCGCUUAUCUUCCUCCCCGCCGACCUCACCUGCCUCAUUAUUCAGGCCAUCGGCGGUGGCCUGGCUGCUGCAGCGGGCCAGACGAACAAGAAGCUUCUCGACGGGGGAAACCAGGCCAUCAUUGCGGGAAUCGUGCUGCAGGUUGUGGUGUUGAUGCUGUUUGGGAUUACUGGCGCGGACUACUGGAUCCGGGUGAAGAAGUGGGCGCUCGGGGCCGAUCCCAGCGCCGGCGAUGUCGCGCUGUACCAUGCAAAGAGGUUUAGGUCCUUCAUCUACGCCGUAGCGGUGGCGUACGCGUGUGUGAUGAUUCGUUGCAUCUAUCGUGUUGCCGAGAUGGCCGGUGGAUGGGGCAACCACAUCAUGCAAGACGAGGUGUCCUUCAUGGUACUCGACAGCGGCCUAGUCUUGAUCUGCGUCACGAUGCUGACGGCGUUUCACCCCGGUCUCUUCUUCCCGCAAAUGGCCAACGCCCGCAAAGCACAUAUCGGGGAGAAGUUGGGGGCGACAACGACGUCAACACCGGAGAACAGCAAGAUCGAGUCCGGGCGCGAGUCCGCAUGA